UUGUUAUCUGGCCGGGAGGGAGGGAGGGGCCGCCUCAGCCUUCGCCGAGGAGCCCCGAGCCGCGAUGUCUUACGUCCCGGGCCAGCCGGUCACCGCCGUGGUGCAAAGAGUGGAAAUUCAUAAAUUGCGCCAGGGUGAAAACCUGAUUCUCGGAUUCAGCAUUGGAGGAGGAAUUGACCAGGAUCCGGCUCAGAAUCCCUUCUCCGAGGAUAAGACUGACAAGGGCAUUUAUGUAACCAGAGUGUCAGAAGGAGGACCAGCCGAGGUUGCAGGACUUCAGAUCGGAGACAAGAUAAUGCAGGUGAACGGCUGGGAUAUGACUAUGGUGACGCACGACCAAGCGAGGAAAAGACUCACAAAGCGGAAUGAGGAAGUGGUUCGGCUCCUGGUGACACGGCAGGCCCUGCAGAAGGCCGUGCAACAGUCAAUGCUGUCAUAGUGCUGCCCGCGGGGAGACACUUCUUAACCAAACGGGAUCACCCUGGGGUCACCUUCUCUGCAGACACCAUUGUAAAUGUAUUAGACCAGGAAUGUUCUAUUAUUUUUUUUUUAAAGUUUGGACAAUGCAGAUUUUCUGUCUCUCUCUCCCUCUCUCUGUCUCCCUUCCCAAUCGGAAAGUGACAUUCCCACCCAUUUUACAUGAUCGGAAGGUUCUAAAUGAAGUCGAUUCCCAGGAAAUCAAAGAAUGAGGAGUAAAGGAAUAUAGCCCGAGAGCCAGACCGAAAGCCAACACUUCAGCACUUGGAGAACAAGAGUGUCUUUUUUUUAAACAGUAGGUAAGAAUGAGGUAGAUUUUUUUUCCUUAAGAAAAGGAUCUGAGAAGGCCUGAGUGCCAUGUAGUUUACUGAGGCUAGGUGAUUUUCUUGUUGAGAGCUUCCUGCAAUAUGAUGGUGUUGGAAAAGAGCUCUUGUGCCCUCAGGAUGCCUUCGGCUUACAAAUGAGGGCAUUUGUGAAAUGAAAGCCCUGAAACCAGUAAGUCAGAUUCUAUUUUCCCUUUGCCCGCAGGGUCCGAGUUAAAUAAUCAAAUCUAUCCUUAAGCUGUAGGCUCCUCAUGGACCAGCCUGCAUUUUAACAACUGUGAUCAGCCCCCCACUCCCUGACCAAAAAUGGGAAGUGCGUUCUGAGUCACAACAAAUUGAAAUUCCCUGCAAGACCAGAGAGAGGAGUGUCCUUCCUAGAUAAUUCAGAAUAUCUCCUCUGUAGAGGGGCUGAAAUGCUACAGAAACUCCCUCCCAUGAUUUUCAAGUUUUUUUUGGUUCACUUUUUAGAUGAGGAACAAGGAAUGAGUCAAGACCAUGUAGAACUAGGUUAAGCUGAGCUACCAUCUGUCCUCCAGGUGCGGGAAGCUGAAGCCUGUCCUCUUUCAUUCUUGCCCUAAAUACUUCCAGGACAGCAGAAUCAGGCAGCAGACAUUUUGCUAGCAGUCUUUGCUUCCUCUGAAUGCAGGGGACUUUCAUGUUUGUAAAAAAAAUUCCUCCUGCAUCUUGCUUAGCAAAAGCAUUCAGGCCAAAGACUCCUUCUCUCCUGUAGCUCCUUCUGUCUGUUGAGAACAGGCUUGUUAAACACUUAUGAAUCCUGGAUUGGAACUGCCUGCAUUUAUGCAAUACAAGUUUUUUUGUGCAGGCACUGCCCAGAUGGCUGUUCAGAAAUAGUUUCCUAACACUUCUGGAGGAUUGGUGCUGAGAUGCAUACGAAGUUUUAUACUGCAGUAGGCUGCUCCCCCGCCGACAUUGCUGCUUUUCUUACCCAACUCCGAGAGCUCUGUUGUCUUUCCCAGAGAUUGUUUUAAUUGGAAUAUUACCCCCUCUGGUUUCAUUACUGAAUCAUUUCAGCUGCCCCUAGUGUCUCCCCCAACAGUUGUCAUUGCUCUCACCCUCUUUGUAAAUAGGAAAACACUGAAGCAGUUAUAGGCUAACUUAUUUCAGGAUGGUGCCAUUAGUUUGGUUCUGAUCCCACAUUGCUCUUAAUCUUGAUGGACAAGCUGUUCUGUUCUCUUUUGUAUUUUUCCUAUCAGCAUUUUAUACGCCUUACAUUUUAUACCCGACAAUACCAAUGGCGAGUGCUGCUGUUUAUGGAGUUGUCAUUAAUACAAAUCAUGUGGUAACGAUUUUACACCUAGGCCUUAUUUUUGUUACUGUAGAAUGUGGGGAGAAGUAUACAGUCUAAUAUUUUCUCUAUUUCUUACUCAAUAAUAAAUGAAGCUGGAUUUCA